AUGGAAUCCAGCAUCCAGAUAAAGAUGCACUACAACACGAGAUUAAUCCAUUCACUUUUCAUCAUGAGCUUCUUUUAUGUGACCCCUUUCUUCUGCCAUAACCAGCUCAAUCCCCUGGCUCUUGGGCGAGCUGAUCCUCAGUGUUGGGAAUCCUCAUCAGCCCUCUUACUGGAAAUGAGGAAGCCAUAUGUUUCUGACUCUGUCAGUGGCUUUUGGGAUGUAUUGGUGUUUCUGAAAACAUCGGAGGACUUAAAGCAUGGGGCUCUCUUCUGGAACCUGGCACAGCUUUUCUGGGAUAUCUAUGUAGAUUGUGUACUUUCCAGAACCCAUGGCUUGGGGAAAAGGCAACUGGCUGGAGCCCAGCAUCAGAUUACAGCUUUCCCAUCUUGGAUCACAAGGCGUAAGCAAUGA